UCAUCACUUCAUCUUGUACCCUCGGCGUGUGUAGCUACCACCACCAACACCACCACCACCACCACGAUGAGAGAGGCCCUUGUUCUCGCCGCCCUGGUCUCCGUCGCCACCGCCCGCAUGGCCUACGUGUUCUCUUCAGGCUUCGAGGACGUGAUAGGCACACCCAGCGAAUCGUUCAGUUGCGAGGGAAGGCCUUAUGGUUACUAUGCCGAUGUGGAUAACGAAUGCAGAGUCUUCCACGUGUGUCUGCCCAUUGUUGGCGAGGAAGGAGAGGCUUCCACAGUCGCCCACUUCUCGUUCUUCUGCCCAAAUCAGACCAUGUUUAGCCAAGAGUCCCUCACGUGUUCCAACAGCCAGGAGGCGUUCCCCUGCCAAGACGCCGCCUCUAUUUACGAACUGGUCAAUGCUGAGUUCGGCCGCAUCCCAGACCAGGAUAUUGACCUACGAAGCAGUGAAUAGGGAGAGGGAGAGGAAGAGGAUAGGUUAAGAAGUGAAUGAAUGAGUUAGAGUGAUAUAUAAAAAUUUGUGUGAAUGAGUUAGUGAUAUAUUAAAAAUUGUGUGUCUUUUUUUUAUAGGGAAAGAUAUUGAGUUAUGAAAUGAG